AUUUGGCUUACGCAGUGCCAUCUAGGUAGUGUUUCAGCGCUUUGGUUGGAAAGUUGUCGUGCUAAGACUAUCAGUAAGUGCUAUAUUUGCAAGUUUAUUGAUUUUUUACUAAAAUUAGAUCUCUGGAGGCGAGGGUCCAGGCUAUUUAUUUCAUUCAUCAAUUGGUUUGCGUGAGCGUCAUUUCAAAUCGCCUACGUAAAAGAGGCGGAGUCUGUUAUUUGCUUUAGAUAAACCAGUGUACGUCAAUCUCUUACGUUCAUUGAUGCGACUCGCUUCACAAAUUCACGAUGUUUAUCAAGGGUAGGCCUACGUUAUUUUCAUUUUUAUUAACAAAUAUAUAAAACUCAACAAGGCAUAUUUUUUACUUUAUUAGCCUACUGGUUUUAGAAGCAUAAGGAUUCUAGUCUCAACUUUGAACAUGGCAAAUAUCGUGGCUUCGAUCAACAUCCCCGAUAAAUCGGUGGAGGGUAUGUUCCCAAACAGAACCCAGCCCCAGCAAAGCGGAAAUGUUACCCACACCAUCUCGUACAAGGGAACCCUGGUUACAACUGCUGUGACACCAACGUCAACCCAGAGUGAUGUUCAACCAAACUUUGCUUCAUUCUUCACCCCACUGUCACCUCUCUUCACUAUCCUGUCCCAGGCUAGCCAAUUCCAGAGUAAUGUUCCUCAGAAUUAUCAUUCAAGUUUUGCUGCUUCUACUGCUCCCGCUGAGACCUGUUUUCCAGAAACAACAUCAUCCGGCCUUACUUCAGUAUCCAGUACUUUCCCCUCCACUUCAACUCUCUCGACUUCAGAUAUUAGUGAAAUAUGUCCCACCUCUAUGGCAAUGUUCAAAUCCUCUUCGCCAUCUCCAGUGCAUACAGAAUCGUCUCAGGUACAAGGGAUGCAGCACCAACAGGAACCGGAAAUGUCCUUCAGUGACCAGAUUGAGAGUUAUGCUGCUGAUUUCGGUUCUCCUGUAACAACACAUUCUAACCAGUCAACUCCUGAACCCCAGAUGCCAGUUAUGUCAGAAAGUAUAACACAACCUGAUGAAAGUAUUAGUUAUUCUUCACCACCGCCACCUCCUUACUCGCAGGCAAUGCCCAUGCCAUUAGGUGUAGAUAUUGAUUUGUCGAAUCUCGCCAUGAAACAACCACAAACAUUUAGUAGUUGUGCUCAACAACAACCACAACAACAAUCUCACUCGGCACAUCUCAAUUUGUUAAAUUAUUCACAAGGAGCAGUUCCGGACACUGUGUUGCAAAUGCAAAUCUCAGACUUUACCAAAUCUCAAAAUAUUAGUGCGGAUUUAAAAUGGUCUAUAUCUAAUAAUCCCACUUCACAAUCUCAGUUACCAGACUUUACUGCUUUAGUGUCUCAGCCAAGUGGACAGAUAGCAAUGCAGGCCUUCCCUUUAGCUGGCGCAAUCAAGACCGAACCAAGUGAUAACUUUGAAGAACGUUUCUUUUUACCAACCUCGGUUCCAAUGGAAUUCGCGACAACAUCCGGUAUCGCAACCAAAUCUGAUAUUCAUCCAAUUUCACAACCUUACCAACAGAGCACUUUAAAGUUUUUACCAGUGAAACAAAGAAAAUAUCCUAACAGACCUAGUAAAACUCCACCCCAUGAAAGACCUUAUGCCUGUCCUGUAGAAAAUUGUGACCGACGAUUUUCAAGAAGUGAUGAACUUACUCGCCAUAUACGAAUUCACACAGGACAAAAACCUUUCCAAUGUAAAGUGUGUUUAAGAGCUUUUAGUCGUAGUGAUCACCUUACAACUCAUGUUCGCACACAUACGGGGGAAAAACCCUUUUCAUGUGAUAUAUGUGGACGCAAAUUUGCCCGUAGCGAUGAAAAGAAACGCCACGCUAAAGUGCACAUGAAACAACGUAUAAAGAAAGAAGCCAAGAUGAUUGCGGCUACAGCAACCUUGCCGACAACCCAAGCUGCCUCAACUUCAGGUGCUGUGACAAUGAGUGACUCUGUUAUUGACACUAGUGCCAUUCUAGGAGGUGCAGGUUCCCUUCCAAUGGUGGUUUCCACCUCAUCUCUAUUGUAAACAUUUUGGUGCUUAGAACUAACUAUUCAUUGUUUUAUAAUGACACUACAAGAGCAUAUUGCAUUCAAUAAUAAGCAUCGUAUCAUCUUUCAGUCAUUAUUUUAGGAUGAAUGAAUAAUGUACAAAAACCACAGAUCACAUGCUUGUAUUAAGGCUAACAGACUCUCUAAAAAAAUUAUGAUGAAUGGCUUGCUGAUAGCAUUGUACAAAUCUUGUUUUCUCAUUGCUAGUUUCAUUGUUACUGUUUUUUCAGUUAUGAUUUGCUUUUAACAGAUUUUUUAACUGGUAUUAUUAUUAUUAUUAGUGCUGUUGUUAAAUAUUGAUUAUUAAUGUUCAAAUUAUACAAUGUGUAUAUCAUAUUAAUUCGCAUGCUUUAAUGGCAGCAUUGUGGUCUCUUUCUAGGUCAUUUUCUAGGUCAUUUUCACUUUCAAAAUAAUAUGACUUUUAGUGGCAUCCAUGAGUUUCAUUGUAUAUCAACCUCAUCAUUCUUCGUCCCCCAAUCUCCAUCUAUUAUACUCUCAUUUUAUCCGAAAAGAGGAAAAACUACAUGUACAUCAUCUUUAUCCCUAUUCUAAUCAAAAAAUACAUGUUAUUGUGUAUAUGUCACCCCGGUUACUUUGCGUUGUGAACGUUAUUAUUAUUAUUAUUAUAUUCUUGUUUUACGUUUUGUUGUUUUGUAUAUACAUAAAUAUAUUUCGCAAUCCUAUGCGCGGGUAUGUGAUAAGUUAUGAGCCUUGUAAUUCGAAUAGAUAUAUAUAUAUAUAUAUAUUAUAUAUAUACACACUUAACGUUAUUUUCUUCAUGUUGUUAUUAUCACUGAUUAUUAUACUGCAAGCCUUUCUAUACUAAACUAUUCUUGCUGGAUAAGAAUGUCGUAUAUUAUGGCUUAAUGCCACAUUGAAGAAAACAUUAAAUAUCUUUUAAGUUUAUAAAAA